UCCCGGACUAGACAGACUAAACUUUACAUAGCGGAGAUUAUUCAGAUAAACCAGCAUCGAGGGCGACAUAUAAAAAAGACAACUUUAACAUGUACUCAAACAAAAUCGAUGGACCACGUAGAGGCAGAUCCUUUGACUCCAUGAACAUUGGCUUUGAAGAAAAACUGCUAAACAAUGAGAUAAACAAAUCAACCUUCACCAAAAGUGAAGAAAACACUGAAAAGAAAUCAGAGAAAGGGAGAGCAACAAUCAUCUUUUCCCUCAAGAAUGAAGUGGGCGGACUUGUAAAGGCCCUCAAACUAUUCCAAGAAAACCACGUCAACCUUGUGCACAUAGAAUCCAGGAAAUCUAAAAGGCGCAACUCAGAAUUUGAGAUAUUCGUGGAUUGCGACAGCAACCAUGAACAACUGAACGAAAUCAUCCAGCUGCUCCGGAAACAUGUGAAUGUGGUGGAUAUGGAGCCUCCAGAUAACUCUUGUAUACACGAGGAAGAUAUGGAAGAUGUUCCUUGGUUUCCAAAGAAAAUUUCAGACUUGGACAAAUGUGCUAACCGUGUCCUGAUGUACGGCUCUGAUCUGGAUGCCGAUCACCCUGGUUUCAAGGACAAUGUGUACCGGAAAAGGAGAAAGUACUUUGCAGAUCUUGCCAUGGCCUACAGGCACGGGGACCCCAUUCCUCGUAUUGAGUUCACAGAAGAGGAGGUGAAGACAUGGGGUGUUGUGUAUAGGGAGCUCAACAAGUUGUACCCCACCCAUGCGUGCCGUGAGUACUUAAAGAACCUGCCACUGCUGUCCAAGUACUGCGAAUGUCGGGAGGACAACAUUCCUCAACUGGAAGAUGUCUCACGUUUCCUGAGAGAACGUACUGGAUUCACCAUCAGGCCUGUGGCAGGUUAUCUGUCCCCACGCGAUUUCCUUGCUGGUUUGGCCUUUCGUGUUUUCCACUGUACCCAGUAUGUGCGGCACAGCUCCGAUCCCUUAUACACACCAGAGCCGGACACAUGCCAUGAGCUGCUGGGUCACGUCCCUCUGCUAGCAGAGCCCAGCUUUGCUCAGUUUUCUCAGGAGAUCGGACUCAGCUCACUUGGGGCCUCGGAUGAUUCAGUUCAGAAACUGGCCACAUGCUAUUUCUUCACAGUGGAGUUUGGCCUAUGCAAACAAGAAGGGAAGCUGCGAGCAUAUGGAGCAGGACUGCUGUCAUCUAUUAGUGAGCUUAAGCAUGCACUCUCCGGAAAAGCAAGGAUAAUGCCUUUUGACCCCAAAGUCACAUCCAAACAAGAAUGCAUCAUCACAACAUUUCAGGAUGUAUACUUUGUGUCAGACAGCUUUGAGGAGGCCAAAGUGAAGAUGAGGGAGUUUGCCAAGACCAUCAAGCGUCCCUUCACAGUGCGAUACAACCCUUACACCCAGAGUGUGGAUGUGUUAAAGGACACUCCCAGCAUCAACAGCGUCGUAGAGGAGCUUCGGCACGACCUUGAUAUUGUGGGUGAUGCUCUCAACCGGCUGAAUAAACAGCUGGGUAUCUGACUACCCACGUACAUUAAUCACCACUUAACCAACAGUGCAUCAGUGAUCACAAUGUCACCCCCCCAGCUUUGCUGUAGAGAUACUGGUUGUGUGUUGCCCUUUUGUCAUUUCAAUGAAUGCGCACUGCUUUUGGCAAAAUGCUCUGUGUUUCCCAUUGCAUGAUAUACAUCAUAUACAACGUACAGAGGCAUGUUUAGCCACUGAUAUCAUUACAUUACACAAACCCAAAGAGCUACUUAACAAGAUCCUCUAUUUCACUUCCCUUGUUCUUGGCUGACUGGGCGUCUGUGUUGCAAACAGUUAAUGUGCUCUCAUCUCAAGAUAGUCUCCUUUAAAAGCAUGCCCAGCUGUUACACAGAUGACACAGAUGACGUUUCAUCCUCCUAUUGUUAACCCCAUGUGAUCAUGUUAAUUAUUUUGUAAUUUUAUUCUUCAUAUUUAAUCUUUCUCACGUCAGUGAUUUGUAUAACAUGUACCUUGUUUGUAUUAAUUUGGUGUAUGUAUCAUGCUUGUUGUUUUUGUGCUGUCGAGGGAAAUUAUAAAAGUGAAACAGUGUUAAAAAAUGUUUUCAUGACUUAUUAUGAUGGAUUUGGCCCAUGUACCCUGACUAAUUUUAUUUUGCAGUGAUGUUUUUGAAUACAUCCCCUUAAAGUGAAUAUAAUUGUAGCACUCCUGAAAUCAAAGCAUUAUUUUUCUACUGUAAAGAAAUAUAGGAAUAAUGAGUAAGCUCUGUAUCAAAGCAUUGAAAGAAAAAUAAAGACAAAUGUUCAUUGUGUCCUCA